AUCAGUGGUAAAGUUACCGGGUGUGCACGUACAGCGCAAGCAAAAGAGCAGUAGGCCUACAUGUGAAUCGUGCACCUUUGCCUGAAACCUUAGCUUCGAUUGGCACAGUUCUUAUACUAGAUUUGUAGAAUCUGCAUUUUAAACAAAUUCCAUGGAUUUCAAUGCAGAAUGAGAAGUCUUUACAAUUUGUCCAUUUUUGUGUUUGCAAGGUAGCUAAGCUUGUUGCAGUAGGCUUAAUUUGUUGAAGUUAAAUUUCCACUCUUCAGCGAGCGGUGACCGGUGAUUUUGUUCUGCAUAUUCGAGCCCCGUCACGGUUUGGAAAAUUCAGGGCUGGCGACGAAUCGCCUAAACUUUACAACUUCAACGAAGUUUCUGAAGGGUACGAAUUCAGUGUCGACGAGUUAUCCACUGGAAUCAACUGUCAACUCAAGGAGCCAUCAUGUUGGCAACACAGAAACCCCGCAGAACGAGAGAGUACACUGGCCCAACUCCACACUCUGUGGCAAUUAGAGCCAAGAUGCCCAGCAAACUACCCCCAGACCAUCUGAUCUUGGAGAGAAGGCGCCAUGACGACGCCCGAGAGGAGGCUGAGGCAGUGACAAAGUACAAUGCCCUUUUCGACCUCAAGAAUGACUGGGAGCGCAUCACUGACCGGCGGAUCCAGUUGAACACAGUUCAGAGGAAGGUGCGAGGUCUGAUGCUGGAGCAAGAAUUCACUCUGGAAGACCGUAGAGAAAGGCUGAGGCAGUUGCUGGCCGCAGAGGAUGCCAUGUACCUGGAGGAGAUGGAGGCCAGCCAGGAGACCAUGCUGGAGAGGCAGGCCAAGAUGCGGGAGCGGGCCAAGUACCUGAAGGAGAAACGCGAGCAGGAGCGGCUGCAGAUUGUCGCCGAGAAGCUGGACCAGAGAUGGAGGGAGGAAUGCGAGGAGCUGCGGUCCACCAUGACCCGCCGCCACAUGGACGAAGUCUGCCUGGAACGGGGGGAGCAGCUGCGCAUCAAGGCGGACAUGGCCGAACAGAGCCGGACCGAGGAGGCCCUGUACGCCGACCUAUGGCGGCAGGACAUGCUGGCCAAGGCCGCCCGGGAGGAGCGGGAGGCCCAGGAGCGGCAUGCCCGCAACCGAGAGACUCUGGAGACCCUGCAGAAGCAAAAGGCGGCCCUAGAAGCCAAGAAGCAGGACGCCAAGCGGCUCAAGGAGGAGGAAGGAAGACUUCUGGCAGAGGAGCGGGAACUGCGCAAGAUGGAGGAGCAGCGGGCCCAGCAGGAGAAACUGGCAAAGCAGCAGCAGGCCCGGGAGGACAUCGCCACCAACAUCCGGCUCAAGACCAGGCGCCACGCCAAAGAGAUGCAGGAGGAACUGGCCCUGGACAUGAACAUCCUGGAGAAGCUGCUGAGCGACUCACGCAACGAGGCCAUGGAGAUUGCCCAGAGGAAGAAAGAGCUUCGCGAAGAAGACCAGCGUUACCGCGCCUACCUCAAGCAGUCUGCUCUGGAUGAGCAGGAGCGAGACCGCGAGAUCGACAGGCUGGUGGACGCUGAGGUGCAGCGGCAGUGGCAGAAGAGGCUGGACGACUGGGCCAAGCAGCGGGAGGCUAGGAAACGGCUCAUGGACAACGUGCUGGCCGUGCGCCGCCAACAGGUGGAGGAAAAAUUGGCAGAAAAUGCCAAGGCCCAGAUCGAGCUCCAGAAAGAGCGGGAGUUGAUGCAGGUGGCCAUGGCUGAGCACCAGCGGCUGGAGGAGGAGAAGCUGGCCGCCAUCCGGCGUGACAACCUGGCCUACCAGGACCACCUCCUGGGCCAGAUGGAUUUCACCCGCCGCCAGCACGAGGCCGAGAAGGACGAGGAGCACCUGGAGUACCUCCGGGGGCUGGAAGCCGAGGCCGAGUACCAGGCCAAGCUCAAGGAGGCCCUGGCCCGCCCUGUCAUUGACAAGAUGCACCCCAUGAGGCGGGCCUAUAUGGCUCAGAAGUCGGCUGGCGGGAGGUCACAGGAAGACGAGCUUCCAAUGUGAAUAUGUUGUUGAUGCAUGUACAAGCCUUGAAUCCGCCCUCUUUUAAGAAAGUUUUAAUACUGUAUUUAUGUAUGCUAAGAAAUUUGUACAGAAAGACAUUCCUUGCAUACCAGAGAUGCCAGUUUCAGGUAUAAGGCUUGUUUUAAGCUUUUUCAUUUAAAAUGUUGGACUACAUGUAAUUUCAGGCCUGAACAAGGUAUGCUUAGGCUUCUCUAGCCUUAUUUUUAGGCCCUAGAUAAGAACCUGACUGGUACUCCUCGCACACUUCUUUCAUUGUUCAGCAUUCAAAAAUGAAUUUUUGGCUCUCUUCCCUGGGGACAGACUACUUCCAAUUUGAUAACCUGCCAGUUAGAAAAAUAUUUUGUAAUUUUUUUUAUCAAGUUUGCCUUCCAGAUGGCCUCAGUUGCCAUAAUACCAAUUGUGACUGCCAUUCAUGUGAAAUCAUUCUUUUAGGAAUUGCAAGAGGGCACUUUUUACAAUUUGCAAUCUCCAGAUGGAGAGUCCGUCCAUAAAUAUCUUUUUUGACCGGUGAUAAUGACAUCAUGCACCACUGUGCUUUUCUUCUCAUGCAAGUGGUCGGAACUGAACAUUUUCAAAUGUGUAAGGAUGGAAUUAUUUAUUAAGAGUCAAGUAUAGUUCAUGACAGAAGGACAAGCUUUAUAUGCUUCCCAUGGAAUGUGGUGCAUUGUUACCGGAAAUUAACAUCCCACCAAUGUCACAUGAUAUACGUUCCCAGUAAUAAAUUGAUGUAUUUCUCAUAAGUGCCUUUGGCAUAGAACCAUGGUGCCUUGUACCUUGGGUCUUUUCUUAAAAAGCCAGAGCAAACAGAAAGAUGAGCCUGUGAGGCCCACAACUGUUUUAUGAACCCCUCCAAAAAAUCAGAAUUGAGACUAAUAAUUUGAACCAGGAUCUGUGAGACAGGCAGCCUUGUACAUUCAUCCUGUCAGAGUUUGCUAUGGCUUGUGUGUCUGUCAAUAUAGCUUAUUUAGCACUAAUUUGAAAAAAAAAAUUGGGGGCUCACAGAUUCUGGUUUCGAAUGACACUAUGAAAUGUAACUAUCAAAUUGUAGUUCAUUUUGAAAAAUCGUGCUUAGCUUUGAGAGGAAACAACAGAUGCUAAUAUAUCUAGAAUUUAUCUCAAUGGUCACUUCCCAUUUUAAAGUUGCUGACACCUUUGCUUUGAAGCCGGUUGCAUAUUACAGCUCAACAAUCUUCAUUUCAGGUUAUACAAGAGUGUGUUUUUAUUAGAAAGGAAGUGUGUGUGAUAUUUUUGUAACAGUUUGCUGAGAUGGAUGUGAAGUCAGGUUCUUACUUUCAAAUUUACUAAUUAUUGUCUGCAUUGCUUCGCAUCUAGCUAGAUCAAAGUGGGCUGAUGCACAGAUGUCUGUCUUGUUCCCCUGAAAAAUGAAAUUUUUCAAAGAAGCAAAAGUAAAUUGUCAUUCUGGCCUGGUUAAGCUUAAGGAUUCAAAAGGGGCAUUUUCCUUUUUUUGUUAAUAGAUCCUUAGUUGUAAGGUUUUUGUAAAUAAAAGUUUGUAAAUAGCUGCAGUACUUGUCAUGCACGACCUAUAUUCCAAAAGUUGUAUCUCGCUUUAAUCUCAAUGUGAUGUUUGUUUUGUUUUUCAAAAAUGUUGUAUGAGUUCCAUCCAGAAAUUCAGGUCACGGAAUUAAUUUCAGAUUUAAUUAACAAGUGUCUCAUUGUAAAUACAUUGGUGCUUUCAGUUCGGAAUAAAAACCAUGAAAACACAA